CUAUUUGUUACCGACGAACCAUUCUGUAUCAAAGCUCCAUCGCUCUCGCUUUCACUAGGUACUCGAUCAUCAUCUUGACAAGAAUUACUUCGUUCCCAAAUAGGAGGACGAGAUGUUGAAUAAUAUAAAAGAUUUUGAAUUAAUAGCACAAGGCGCUGAAGCACGUAUAUAUAAGGGCACUUAUCUGGGAAAGUUAACAUUAAUCAAGGAAAGAUUCGAAAAGAAAUAUAGACAUCCAGACUUAGAUAUACGUCUCACAAAAGAUCGAAUAAAAGCCGAAUGUCGUGCUAUACUCCGUGCUAAAACUGCAGGAAUCGCAACACCAGCUAUAUAUUUGAUAAAUUUAGAACGACGAUGUAUUUAUAUGGAAUAUAUACAAGAUGCAAUAAUAUUAAAAGAUUUUCUUGAUAAAAAUGUUUUGAAAGAAGCAAAUAUUGAUCAUUUGUUAAAUUUUAUAGCACAAGGACUUGGAGUACUUAUUGCUAAAUUACAUUUGAAAAAUAUAAUUCAUGGGGAUUUAACUACUUCCAAUAUUCUUUUGAAAAAUAUUGACAAUUAUAUUGAAAAAUAUGAUGUUGCGAAUAAUUUUGUUAUAAUAGAUUUUGGAUUAGCUCAUAUAGAAUCGAACAUAGAAGAUAAAGCAGUCGAUUUAUACGUUCUUGAACGAUCAUUAUUAAGUGCACAUUCAGAAAUACCUUCAUUAUUCUCAAAAAUAUUUGAUAUUUAUCAAAUACAUUAUGCAAAUAAAAAUCAAUGUAAAGAAAUUGUUUCUAAAUAUAAGGAAGUACAAUUACGAGGACGAAAACGAUUAAUGAUCGGUUAAUUUCAAUAUAUUUUUUAUAAAUAUAUUGGCAUUUUAUUAACACAUUUUUUAUAAUUUACAUGAUAUUAUAUAUCUUAAAUAAAUUAUGUUAAA